AUGGCACUUCAAAGGUUCUUCAGAAAUGGCGCUGCGGCCACGCACCGCCCAACGGCAAGGAAACGACUGCGACGAAUGUACUCGAGUGAGAAGGAAUUGAUGGAGGAGCUGGAGCCACCGCCCUCCGUGUGCCGCCAUCUCUUGCUGGGCGAGUCUGAGGAUGGCGACAUGACAGUGGUGGAGCGCCGCGUCAGUCUGAAGGAUCCAGUCUCGCUGCAGCUCAUGGAGUGUCCCGUUAGAGGGCCGAACUGUGAUCAUCUUGAGGCAUUUGAUCGACGCUCUUACCUGGACUUCAACGAGAUGAUGGAGCGGGACAAAUGGUGCAAACUGACUCGGAGGUGGCUUUGCCCGUGGUGUCAGGUUCCAGCCAGGGGCAAGGACCUGGUGGAGGCUCCGGAGUUCAAGCAAGUGCUUGAUGAGAUGCGACAAGCAUGCUCCGACGCGACUUAUGCAAUAGUACAGCAAGAUGGAUCGCUCAGAAUGCCAUUUGUUGCAGCAGACAGGAGGAUCCAGACCUCGUCAAUCAAGCGCAAGUCUUCCUCCAGCGUGGACAACGUUGACACCUCCAGCGACGCGGACUCUCCCAAGUCGCAAAGUGUGACAACAUGUGAGGUUCAGGACCUGCGGUCUCCACAGAGGCCCGGCAAGCGAAGGGGCGACGAGCGAAAAUCUGCAGAAGACGUGGAGCGGAGUCAGCCGAGCCCGACUCACCCGACUCCCUCUAUGUCGGAGCCUGUCCGACCCGAGCCGCCCGCGGGGCCAUCCUAUAAAGAAGCAGAUGAGAUGCCGAGGUGUGAAGCUGUCGAAGACACUUCAUCCGGCAAGGUCGAGGAAGUUGGCUCUGUCGAGGAGGAUCGUCAAGAUGCCUUUCGAGGUCUGGACGAUAGAGCCAGGUCGAAAGCCACCCUCCGAUCUCCAGGACAACUCAACAGCAAUAAAGCCAUGCCGGCAUUGGCAUCGGCCAAGGUGUCCUCCAAGAAGAGUCGGAAGGCAGCCCUUGCCGCAGCGAAAGAGGCGUCAUUGAUGCGCUUGAGCGGCGCAAGCAAGCAGCAGCCCAGCAUUUUGACGUACUGUCAACAGCUGGCACGCUGCACGGCCUAG